AUGGUUAGUCGAUUAGCAGAAGAAGUUAAAGAAUUUAAUUCUAAUGGAAAAGGAAAUGCUUUAAUGCAACUAUAUAUUGCAUCUACAAAUACUAACCCUGAGCAAUUGCUUGUUUUAGUUAUUGUAACAAAUCUUAUAAAACAUUGUCAUGCUUUGCAGCAAGCUGGCAAAUUAGUUUACAUAGACAGUAUAGCAGGCCUUAAUAUAUUUAACACCCCAAUGACAAUCCUUUCAACAAGCACAUCUAUCAGUAGCUUGUCUCUUGCAAUAAUACUUACUUCUGAUAAAAUGACUAAUACUUUUACAAAAGCCUUAGAUAUGCUAACAUAUGUUAUGCCAAUAUCAGUUUUUAAUGAACAUGAGCCUGUAAUUAGAUCAAAAAUUUUUAUGACUGAUAAUUGUAAAGUAAAAAGAACAGCAUUACAUAAUAUAUAG